AUAAUUCUAAAUAAACAUGGUUUCUUAAUUGACAGGUAACACGGAAAUGGUGAAUAAACUUUAUAAAACUGUGUUUUUACGAACGAAAGUAUCAGUUACAAAAUGUGUACUCCGUAGAUAAAUUAACUAAAGACAUUUCAAAGAAUUCUGCUUUCUAUGCCUAGAUGCGGUAUUUUAUAUAUGACCUUAGCAUGUUGAAAAUAAACGUAAACAAGCUGGACAAGAAGUUGAAAAAAAUUAUUAUGAUUAUCUAUUGAACAGCUCAUUCAGACUCUUUCUUACAUGAAUGUGUCUAUGUUGAAGAAUUUAAGUAGUCGUGUUACGAGAGCUAGUGCUGAUGAUCCUGUUGAAUUAAAGGGUGGAUUGACGCCAACAUCAAAACGAAGGCAGUCCCCAACUGAUGACACAGAACGGAUCGUUCGUACUGACAAUGUCUUUAAAGAUUCAAAACAAAAUAUUUCCAUCCAUCAAACCCUCAUGACACAGUUGUCAACAUCAGUACAGCUGCCAAAAUGGGAUGCAACACCUGGUCUUCAAGGAAUUUACAACCAUGGCAACACUUGCUUUAUGAACACUAUUCUUCAGUGCCUUAGUAGCACAGAUUUGUUCUCUGAAUAUUUUGUUCAGAAAAGGUACAAGGAUGUAUUCAAUGGAAAAGGUUUUACGAAACGAUUGGUUGGUUCUACCAAAGGUGAAGUUUGUGAAGAAGUGGGACGCCUUCUUGAAAGUCUUUGGUCUGGAUCUUACUCACCUGAAAUUUCAAGUCAUUUUAAGUCAAUUGUAAGCAAAUACAACGUGCAGUACAAGGGAUCGUCUCAGCAUGAUGCGCAAGAAUUUUUACUCUGGCUGCUUGAUAGGCUUAAUGAUGAGCUCUACCAUUCUUCAAAGAAAAAGGCAAAGGAAAUACACUUAAAAUCAAAGAAAGAAAAGAAUGAAGUGACAGCACUAACUAGCCCAGAGGCGGUUCUGAAUGCUUGCAGCGGGUUUGAAGUUUACAAUAAAUUUCAAGCAUUGUACCAGUCAUCGCUUACUUGUCCUAACUGUGAAAAACAGAGCAAUACAUAUGAAUCGUACCUGUGUCUUUCACUUCCUGUACCUCAAAAAAGCACACGUCCAGUGUAUGUGACAGUGGUCUAUUUGGAUGAUUCUCCAAAGCAGCUGAAAAUUGCCUUGGAAAUGAACUUUAUGGACACUAUCAAAGAACUAAGAGAAAAACUUGCUCAUGAAUUGUAUGUUACACCAAAACGGCUUGUCCUUUGCCAAAUGAAUGAGAAUGGUUUCGGUAACACAUUUGGUGACGAUCAGCCUCUGUCAGACAUACAUGAAGCAGAGAACGUAUAUGUGUUUGAAACAUUUCCCUACAGCGAAGUUAACAAAACACCAGGCUCAGAUCUUAUCCAAAUUCUCAUCGUACAUGUUGAAAAAUUCUCAGCUACUAAAAGUUACAGAUUUUGUUGUCCUGAAGUUAUAAAGAUCAACAGAGAUAUAGAGUUUCUACAACUACAGAGGUGUAUAUUGAAGAGUAUGAGAUUUGCAGUAUCGGAGAAAGUGUUAGAUCAGAGCAGUACUUACAAACGUGCCAUAUUUGAUAUUCGUGUUGUUGACAGCGGACCUAAAGACAGCUACUUACCUGAAGAUGUGGACAUGCCGCUGUAUACAGAACCAAUUGAUAGGGCCCUUUCAAUCUACAGUGAGGAUUAUGGACCUACUCACAUAAAGUUUGUUAUAGAGUGGGACCCUGAGAUGAAGAGAAGACUGGUUGAUGAUGACGAGGAUUAUUUAGAAGAGCACCAGUCAGUGCAUAAAGCUCGGCUCAGUCAACAACAGCCGUCCAAUGUUAGUCUUGAAGAUUGUCUCAAACUCUUCACAAAGGAGGAGAAGCUUGGAGAAGGGGAUGCUUGGCAGUGCCCUAACUGUGAGAAGACCCAGGAAGGAACCGUCAAGAAGCUAGGCCUCUGGUCAGCCCCAGAUAUACUUGUUGUACAUUUGAAACGUUUUAGACAUUCUGGCUUGAGAAGGAACAAAUUAAAUAUCUUGGUGAAUUUCCCAGUCACAGAUUUAGAGAUGGGUCAUCAUUUGUUACCUAAGGAUGGUAGUAACCAGGAUACCAUUACAUCUGACCUCUAUGACCUUUAUGCUGUCUCUAAUCACUAUGGUAACAUGAGUGGGGGGCAUUACACCGCAUUUUGCAGGAAUCCAGUGGAUAUGAGGUGGUACGAGUAUGAUGACACACAUGUAAAACCUCUCGAGCAGCGGGACAUUGUUUCUAGAGCUGCCUAUCUUCUGUUUUACCAGAGACGAAAACUUACACAGAGUACUUUAGAUAAUCUUCAGUCACAGAAGCACUGGGUGUUUUCUGUAUAUGGACCUCCAAGGUCAAUGCAGGUAGUGACCUCUUCACCAGUGGAGGAAGUCAAGUCAGUAGUGAACUCCCCUUCUGGAGGUAAAUUUGGUAUUGAUCGAGAUUAUUCAGACUAUUAUGUGGAAAGGGUAAAACUUGAUGAUAAUGAGCACUUUCAAACUGUAAAACAGUCUAGGGGGAAAUCUGAACCACCUCAGGAUAGAUAUAGAAAAGAAGAACAACUCUUGUUGGAAGAAUUGAGGUUAGGAAUUAAUUCACCUCAUGGUGACCAAAGAAAAAGGUAUGUCAGUUCUCCAAGAGAACCUGAAGGAAGAGAUAUAAAUUCGCCAAGGCGUGAUGAAAUGGGCAUUAACUCUCCAAGACAAACUGUUAAACAUGAAUCUCCUAGGAAACAAUUAUUUCCAAACAAAAAUCAAAGUGUUGCUUCCCAAAAUCAAUAUGUUGAUGAGAUUAUUUCAAGGACAAACAGCAGAAAUAAAACAACUGUAGCAGAACAAAUUGUACGUAGCAAACAAUCUGACGAUAAAGUAGAUGGUAUUGUGUCGUCACCACAUAGUGUGAAAAAUAUUUACAGAAGAUCAGAUAGUGUCGAUUCAAGUAAGAACAGCCACUCCUACACAUCGGGGAGUGAAAUUAGUCCCACAGAUAGUUCUCCGCCAUCACCUCUAGAUGAGUACAGUCGGAAUGCUGCUGCCCUGUAUCAAAAUCAAGCUAACAGAAAUAAAUCAAAUAUUUUGAAUAAUGAAAGAGAUAGUGUUCUUAUGAAUGGACAUGUGCCAAACAGUUCAAAGUUAAAACUCCAUUCAAAUCAAAUUUAUAAAGACAGCCCUGUAUCGGGGGCUGGAAGACAGAGUGAUAAUCUACCGAAAACUGAUAAUCAAAAAGUAAUCAAUAGUGUUCCUAAAGUUGAUAAACCUCCUUCUAGACCAGAUAUAUUCUCCACUCCACAGCAAGUUCGUAAAUCACCUUCACCACCUGUUAUGAGUCGUGCCUGGUCUACUCCACAACCACAAAGAAAACAGUAUUCAGACAAUAAACCUCCCAUGGACAGGCAAUUCUCUGUACCACCUAGAGCCCCUUUGUCUCAGUAUGAAAAUCAAAGACUUGAGAUAGAAGGUCAUGCAAUAAUGGAUAAACAGCCAAGAAGCAUACCUGUAGAAGUACAUACUAGUGCUGAUAAGCCCCCUCUCCCUGUUAAAGCUAGUCAUACUGCCCAUAGGCCUAGUGCUACUGCACAAGAAAGUAGAACUGUUUCAAAUAGGCCAACCUCUGCUUAUGCUAGAGUCCAAGAAUAUAGUGACAACAGGGUGCCAGACUAUAGCGAUAAACCAGUAAGCUCAGUUGAGCAUAGACCUGCUUCAGGUCAAAGCAGGGAACCAGCCUACAGUGAUAGUAGACCAGUUAUAAUUGGUCAUAGAACUGAAGACCAGUCUAACAGAGGCAGAAGUGACCUUGAUGCAAGAAGGUCAACAGGCAGAGGAGAAGUUAGAACCAGAAAUAGAUCAGCAGACAGACAGGACAGGAGAAGUAUGAGAGCAAAAACUGAGCGACCAAUAUCGUACCAUCAAACCGCUCCGAAUGAUCUGCAUGAACAGUAUUACCUGUCUCAGCCUAUAGACGAUAUAACAAACUUUGAGCGUACUGGUAGGUACGCUACCAUGCAGCCAGUUAGACAAGAUUAUCAUGUGGAUCAGUUCGGGGAAAAUGACUACCUACGUCGUCAUACUGCAGAUCCACGAAUCAUGUACCAUCAGCCAAGGUCAAGGGCCCCUAUAAAUACAUACAAUCCACAGUUGUACCAGGACCACAGUUAUGACCUGCCGAGGUACCAACCUCAUCUACAGACUGCUAAAAUGUUGACAAAGAUGGCAUUACAGGAAAAGAAGGAAAUGCUCAAAGUGAGACAGAGAAUGAAGUCAGAGUACCUUAAGGAAUCAAGCGUGUAAACUUUAGUUGAAAUUUGUAAGGAAUAUUAGAUAGCUUAUCCUAAUACAUAAACAUGUGAUAUUGUCAAGAAAACUGUGACUUUGAUUAACUCUGUAUGUUAAACAGAGAGAUACUCAUUAAAACUAAACCGUGUAUAGAUAAGCAACAAAAAUACCUCAAAAUCUACUCUUUUGCUUUAUGAUAUGAAUGGUAAUUUCUUUGAGCAUUUGUGUAUCUUGCCAGUCAUUUGUCCCUGUUACAGGCAACCAUCAAGUUUAGUUAUCAUUUUAGUUUAAAACUAGCAUUAGCGUAGUUGCCAUGGCAACCACAAAACUAGUAUUAAAGCAGUGUAUACCUGUAAGUCAUGAUGUUCUUAUGAUCAUAGGCCCAUUGGUAGAGCAGUGAUAGUAUAAAAGGGUGUCAGAAUGCAUAUUUGUGGAACACAUUUUCAUCUCUCUUGUCUGUGUUGGGAGGUGUUAUUCAGAGCAGAAAUAAAUCAUGCCGUACCACAACUACUAUUGAACUGUAUUCAGAAAUGAAAUGAGCCUUGCCAUGAGAAAACCAGCAUAGUGGCUUUGCGACCAGCAUGGAUCCAGACCAGCCUGCGCAUCUGCGCAGUCUGGUCAGGAUCCAUGCUGUUCGCGGAUGCGCAGGCUGGUCUAGAUCCAUGCUGGCCGCAAAUACACUAUGUUGGUUUUCUCAUGGCGUGGCUCAAAUGUAGAUGUCUUAAAGGAUCUGAAGCAAAAAGUGCUAAGUGUAAAAUAAAAUAACUUUGUUUAAGCGGGAAUUAUUUAUGUAAUAGUUGUUAGAAGAAUUGUUACUUUUCAUUUUAUGUUGUUGUUUGUUUUGAUAAGUGUUGAAAGUUUGUUAUAUAUCUUUGUAAGGUAGACACAAAUAGAAGGCACCUAAAUUGUUGAUUUUGUUUUCAACUUUGUUUAAAUAGCAUCAUAAAAUGAGGCUGUUCAUUGAAGUGAGGUCAUUGUUUGUACAUUAACACCAUUUGUUUCUUGAACUUUAAACCUUUUCAUUGACUUCAAGUUCAUCAAACAAGUAAACAUUAAAAACAUAUAAACAAAAUAAUGACGUAUAAAAAAUUGAGUGAGCAUGACACUAUUGUUUCCUAUUAAAGGCUAUGGAUCCACAUGUUAGGGUCUGACAUGCAAUUGUAGCUCACCUAAUUGAAGAAUAGAGAGUAGUGUGAAAUCAUUCAUUUUUGUGGGGGACAUUGAUUUUUCAUUGAUUUUUCAUUGAUUUUACAGCUGAGGCCAAUCCACGAAAUUUCAUCCCAACGAAGCAGUAAAGUUCCCAUUCAUUUUAUGUUAAGAGGUCAAACUCCCAAGAUUUUAUAUCCCUCAAAAUAAUUAUUUUGACCAAAACUGGGAAAUUUUGUACACGCAAAAUGAAAUGAUUUUACAGUAGUAUAAUAGUUUUAACCAACUGCAGGAUUGUUUAGUUAAGUAUUGACAUAGGAUAGCAACUAUUUUGUAACUAAUCCUUGGUAAAUGUGAGCUUGGGUUAAGACUGUCCACAUUUAUUGUUAAAAAUCGCUAAUUUAAAAAUACUAAUUCUGCUAAUGCACAUAUGUGUUUAAUCUUGAUAAUAUGUUUUAAGUCGAAGCCUUUUAUGAAAAUGUACUUUUAACAUGUCAUUUGUCAAUCAGAAAGAAGUGAGUUUUGAUGGACUGUGAUAUAUUUUAAAUGUAAAGCAUUCCACUGUAUAGUAAAUAGAAAUAAGGAGUGAAAAUUAAUGAUUUAUGUACAGUUAGUGUUCUGAUAGCAAGUUGAAUUCCUUCUUCAGAUUUUACUAUAAAUACUGAAUGCAGAUUUAAGUAACACCUUUUAAUUGACCUUCCAGUACAUGUAUUACUUCAACCAUUUCACUUAUAAAAUUGUCUGUUUUUAAAAAACUUUGUUAUUGCAGGUUGUUUAAGGCUGGUAGAAUUGAGCUCACUGGUUUCUUUUUAAAUCAGAAAAUAAAUGUAUAUAACCCACACAAUGGAUAAACUAUUCAACCCACCUUUUGAAUUAACUGUUUACUUGGCCAAGUUUGCCGAGUACCCAUAGCUCGGAGCCAUCUUGCUGAGCUGAAUAGGUAAAUGGCAACUCUGUCAAGAGGUUGCAGUUUGGAUCAUGUGAAGAUUUGAAGGCAGUAUGUCUGAUGUAAUCCACCUCUGACCUCUGUGUGGAAGUUCUGUUACUUGUGGAAACCUAUCAAUACUGAUACAGAAUCUGACAGCACUUGAUUAUGCUAGCUGACAGCUGUUAUAUCUGAAAGUGUUAACACUUAAGUUACAGAUAUUGUAUACCUGGACACCAGCGUAGAUUUUAAUUUUUUAAACCAUUUUAAAUCAUUAUACAUAACGUAAUUAAAUGUUUUACAUAGCGGCUAAGAUGUCAUGUUUAUUUGUUUCCAUCCCUUCAAGUAAAGUUUUCAUCCAGGUUUGAAGAACAUGACUCGCUGAAGGUAUUUAUAUCAAAGCUAGAAGGAAAAAAUGGGUAUUUAACACUUUCCAGCUUAUUUUGGUUUUGUUUUUAACUGUAGAAAUCUGCAGAGUUAGUAAUUUUAUCAGUAUAUGCAGUAGCUCUCUAAUAUAAGCUUAAAAGAUAAAAGUUAUGGGGCUCAUGUUUUCCUGGGGACACAUUUUCUCUCAUUUUUAAGAAACUAAAGAUAAUGAGUUGACAGUUUCAUUGCCAUUUUCUUUAUGACCUGAAUGGAAUAUCAGGGAUUAAUUUAUGAGCAGAAUAUCAAAUACCUAACAGGGUACCCAUGCAAAUAACCAUGCCAACAGGGAUAUUUAAAAUAUCCUACAUCAUGCGUUUUUUUUUUUUGAAUUUCAUAAAAAAUAUUAAACAGAGUUCAUCUUUUAAUUUUUCAUUUAUUUGAACAAAUAUAAAAGCUUACAAUACUUACAGCUGUACUCCUCAUCUGACUUUUAUAUAGAAAGAUCAUGUGUGCUUCCAGUUAUUGUUCUCAUGGAUAUUUUUGAAAUUCAGUUAAAAAACUGAAACUUUUAAACUUACAUAGGACAGUUUCAAAACCUUUGAAGUUAGGUAUAUAGGUUGUAUAUGAUUUGUUUCCAUAGAAACAUUAAUUUAGUUUACAGUAUCACAAUUUACAACUGAAAGAUAGACAAUUUUUGCAUAGUUAUUAUGUCUCCCACACCACUGUGUGGUGGGGGGAGACAUAUUGAUUUACUCCUGUCUGUCUGUCCGUCCGUCCGUCAGUCACAAAUCUUGUCUGCACGCUUAAGUCAAACAUUUCUCAUCCGAUCUUCACCAAACUUCAACAAAAUAUGUUUCCAAAUAAGUCCUCAUUUAAGUUUAAUAACUAGCCAUAUCGGCCGAGGCACAUGGAAAUUAUGGCCCUUGAAACAUUGUUUUUGAUAUUCAAAGCACUGAAAGUCUGAUUGGGUUGUAUCAAAGCACUGAAAGUCUGAUUGGGUUGUUUUUGAUGAUCAAAGCACUGAAUGUCUGAUUGGGUUUAUCAAAGCACUGAAAGUCUGAUUGGGUUGUUUUUGAUGAUCAAAGCACUGAAAGUCUGAUUGGGUUUAUCAAAGCACUGAAAGUCUGAUUGGGUUGUUUUUGAUAAUGAAAGCACUGAAAGUCUGAUUGGGAAUUAAGAAUAUAUAGGGAGUAGGGUUUACGCUCAAACAUUUCUCUUCUGAUCUUAUACUACUAUUCAGGUGAUUAGGCAGUUGUGGGAGACAUGUGCUUUUCUCAAAAGCAGCUGUAGUUGGAAUUUAAAUUCCAAAUUAUCUAUGAAAAAGGGAAAAAGGCAGGUAUUACGAACAAUCUGCCAAAUUUUUAUUUGAAAAUAGUUGUGAUAAUUAAUCAUGCACCAUUCAGUCUUCUCCAUUAAUUCAGCCAUCAUCAACCAUUUUCUUACAUUCUGCCUGCCAUUUCAAUACAAUUUCCUAAAAGCUGCAAAAUAUUGAUCAUUGUUUAAAAUGGAAGAGUCGAAAAUAUUUUGGCAAAUAAUGGCUGUUAAAAUUUAGCUCAAAUUAAAAAAAUGUACAAAUAUCACAUACUUGCAAGACAAAAGCUAUAAAAUUUCAGCAGUUACUGACACGUAAGUCAUGGUCAUAAUGUUUUUGACAUCAUUUAAAUGCAAUAUUUUUUUUAGCAUUCCUACAGGAUUUUAUUCAUUAUUUCAGCAUUAUUAAACUGUUAAGCAUCAAAUGAGAGACAGGUUAAUGUAAUUAUCAGAAGAAUGACUCUACAAACACAUUUAGUUUGUCAUAAAUAUGUGAUAAAUUCUCAAAUUACUUUCCAGUUUGGUAUGCACAUUUUUCAGUUUCUACGGUAUAUUUCUUCUUUUAAAUGUAUUCUGUCUGAAAAACAAGGGAAAUUUCUACAGAGUUUCUCCUCAGGCUAGAGAAAUGAUAGAUAUUACCAAGAUGUACUAUGAAUUAAAAUUGAAUUUUAUUUUGAUGAAACUUCAUAGGACACACUUUUAAUUUAGAUUUAAUGUAGAUUGAUUGCUGUAUUUAGAAAUGAAGUGCAUUUUAUGUCUCAACGAAUUGUACAGGUUUGAGGACAGGGGUUGUAUAGUGAGGACUGUAAAAUGGCAGUGUAUUUACAAUAUGGAGAUUAUAUCAUAACAUUCAUUUAUUUAUUCUGUUACUAUGGUAACUAUCCCACAUUAAACUCCUUACAUAAUGCAACAGUUUUCUGUAUGGCAUUCAUCUCUUAAACAUACGUAAGUUCGUUCAUAACACAGCAAGCAAAUGAGUUUAAGUUAUUCCAUCUUGAAUAUAUAAAUUAUUGAUCAAAGGACAUGUUAGUAAACAAUGAUAAAAUUGUGUAUAUUAUCUUUUUUUUACAAAAUUAUUUUGCCAGUUAUUAGUACUGAUUGAAAAAGUCUUACAUAAUUUCUAUCAAGAAUCAAACCACAUGUAUUUCACAGUCCAUUGUUUUUUGUGUUUUAUACAAUAAUGUUUCAGAAUUUUCCUAUAUAAAUCAUCUUUGAUCAUGAAAACUGUUCAUAUUACGAUCAUUCAUUUUGUAAUAUUUGCUUAUGUGCAGCAUUGUUUCCCACACGAGUUUAUCAUGUUUAAUUGUAUAUUGUUCAUAACAUACAUUUUGUUCUUAACUUGGUUGUCAAUCAUGUAAUGCAUUAAAGCUGACUGAUUUUCUAAAUUAUCAACUGAUACUAUUUGUUAAUUGAAUCUUGUUGUAUUUUGUACAUUAUGUGACACUGUUUUGUUAUGUUCAUUAUGUAAUACUGUUAUGUUAUGUACAUUAUGUGACACGGUUAUGUUAUGUACAUUAUGUGACACGGUUAUGUUAUGUACAUUAUGUGACACUGUUAUGUUAUGUACAUUAUGUGACAUGGUUAUGUUAUGUACAUUAUGUGACACGGUUAUGUUAUGUACAUUAUGUGAUACUAUAAUGUUAUGUACAUUAUAUAAUACUGUUAUGUUAUGUACAAUAUGUGACACUGUUAUGUUAUGUACAUUAUGUGACACUGUAAUAUUAUGUACAUUAUAUGACACUAUAUAUAUUGAUAGACACUGUUACACUUAUUAUGUUACACUGUAUAUGCCAUGUACAUUAUGUAACAGGGGCUUCUGUGACCAAAUGGUUGAAGUCAUUGCCUUCAAAUUACUUGCCCUCCAUCACUGUGUGGAAAAAACCUCACUUGGGGUGUAGAAUUUAUCUAGAAGGUCAGUGGAUCUACCCAGGGGACUUACUGUGCCUGAAAUAGUGUUCGGAGGGGCACAUUGGGUCCUCCUUGACCAUCAAAGGCUAGAAAGUUACCAUAUGAUCUAUUAUUGUGUCAGUAACAAAAAAACAAACAUGUGACACUGUCCUACUCUAUUCAUUUGGUGACUCUCUACUGCUUUGUACAUUACUGUAAAAGCAGAACUUUUCAUGAAGGUUUAAUUUUAUCUUUAAACAUUAAUGCUCGCAUAAGUAUUAACCAUUAUUCUAUAUCUAUUUUAUCUAUCCAAUCGUGAACGUUCAUUUGCAACACGUGACCGUACAAUAUAUUACCUUAUUGGACGCACAUGCAUACAAAAAACCUGUAUUUUUUCCAUAUUUGGACGGUUCAAAAAGUCCCGUGUUAAACAUACGAUAAAGCCCGAAACGCGUGAAAAUGUUCCAAAUGUAAAUCGGGUAAAGUAGGCGCUCUAUGUACAGAGUUAGAUUAUGCAUCUUGAAAUGAGGAAGGCAGAAAUACAAUAUUCAGUGAAUCAUUUUUAAUUUAAACUAAAAUAAAAUAGAUAUAGAAUAAAAAUGUUAUUUAACAUUGAACUGUACAAUACAAGAUAUAUUUGGACUCGCACCCAGCUGGGAAAACCAUAUUGGACUCACCUAGCAGCGCGUCCAAUAUGGUUUUCUCAGCUGGGUACAAGUCCAAAUAUAUCUCCGUAUUGUACAAAACAAUAUUAAAUAACCAAAUAUUAGUAUAAUGCUAAUCUGAUUAUUACACAGACCUCCACCAACAUAUUAAAUGGAAACAGCCAUAAUUACAAAACUGGCUACUUCUAGUGUAUCCGUAAUAACUAAAGGAUAGUAUAAUUUUAAGACAAACAGAACAAACCACAUACAGAAUCUAGGAACACUGUUUAGAUUAACUACCUGCCAUAACAUAAUUGAAAUACUUUUGCAAAAUAGCGCAAGAUAUAUAAUCUGUCAUUUUCCUUCUUGGAUUUUACUUUCAUUCACCAUCAGUUGGGGUUAUGGUAAAUAAAUUUGAUGUUUUUCUUAUAGUGAAAAAAAAAUUGACAUUUUUCACAGAUUUUCGCAACUUACAAAAAUUCCCGUAAUCGAGUAAACUACUGGUAGUACACAUAAAUCGGGAAAAUAUAUCAUGAGGAAAUACUUCUAUUAUUUCAGUAUUCUUGUAGGUUUAACUUUGUAUGUUAUACAAAUGUCUGUUUUGUUACACUAUGUGAUUGUCAGUCUCGUUAUGUACAUUAUGUUAUUGUGAUAUUCGAUGCAUAUCAUCUUCUAUCAUGUUUUAUGGAAUCUUACCAAGUGUUCUUUGCCUUCAAAAGGUAGAACUCCGCAUUUUACAAAACUGUUGAUUAAUGUUUGUAGAUAGUGAAUACCAUCAACCUAUUGUACAUAGUGUAAAGGCUUUUUCUCCAUUAUUUUAUCACUUGUUAAUGAUGAAUCCACAAUGGAUAUAAACAUGUUGUUUUUUUUUUUUUUUGCCAUGACAGUUUUCAACAUUUAUAUUUUGGGAUCAGUUUUCUUAUAUUUUCUUUAAAUUUUUUGACCGUUUUAUGUUUAGACUUAGUUCUUUAGAUUUUAUUUGAAUAUUUUUUACCAAAACAUUGCUAAAUUAUUAGGAACUUAGUAUUAUACUAUAGUUUUACAGAGUUUUAGGCAAUACUUGAAAUUGGUUUCAUGUUUUAAGGGAAAAUUGCAGUACUUAAAAUGUUGAAUGAUGAAAAGUGAAAAUAAGUGAGAACCUUGGGCAACAAACUAUAAAUGAUAAAGCUGAUUAAAUGUUGUCAACAAUAAUUGUUUGACACAUGAAACAGUAGCCACAGAUGCUCUAGGUAAAGACUUUCGAAAAUAACUUCAUCAUUUAUCCUUCAGUUUUAUUUUUGAUAAGUUUUUUUAUGUUUCAGAAUGCUUUGUUUAAUUAGAUAUAUUUUGAAAGGUUGUACCAUCCUUUUGAACAGCUCUGUGAAACAAUUGUCUUCCAUGUUUUCUUAGUGUGUAUGAUUUCGCUUAUAAGGUAUUUCAGACUUGAGAAUCCCUUCUCUCUCAGUGCUUGCUGUGUGGUAUUAGCCAGCCAUGUCCACAGUUAUAUUCAAGGAGGCUUUCUGCCAUCUGAUGUGGACACUACUUGAUUGAAUUACUUUUUGUAGCAAAAUACUUUUAUGACCUGUUUGCAGUGUUUGUUACAUACCAUAGUAUUAGAGGCUAACUCCAGUAAAAAAUGAUGGGUUAGGGAUAAAUUAAUUGCUUACUUUAAAGUACACUUAAGGGAUAAUUUCUCUGGAUUUUUACUGUUGUUCAGUGGAUUAAUAAAUUUGACAGUAGUGUACUAAAUGCAAAACACCAAUGCUCAGUGGUAUACUACCAUUUAAUAGUCAGAUAUACAAGCAGGAGAUUGUGGGUACAAGUCCCUCAGCAUGAUGGCCAUGCCUUCUCAUAUGACAUAAUUACAGGAGGCGGAAUUGAGUCAUUCAAAUAAGCUUCAAGAAGUUUUCAUCUUUAUCAAGCUUAAAUAAACUGUCCUAAACUAGAUGUACAAGUGGUGUCCUACAUCUGAAGGUCAGGGCUGCUGUUAGUUUCCUGUUAUUAAGUACAAAAAAUGUUUACAGAUUCUCACCCCUUAUUAAGUACAAAAAAUGUUUACAGAUUCUCCCCCCUUAUUAAGAACAAAAAAUGUUUACAGAUUCUCUCCCCUAAUUAAGUACAAAAAAUGUUUACAGAUUCAAAUUACCUUUGCAUGAACUACUAUUCAGUUUAAUUUUGCUCAGUGAUCAUAAUUUUAUGCUAAAAGAUGUAGUUCUUUGUUAAUUUGGUAUUGUCAUUUUGAGUACUAUUUUCAGUUAGAUCAGGAUAACCCAGUCAGAUUCACUUACCAUUGUAAUUUAACAUGAGUACUUAUAAAAUACCAAACACAGUAUCAAGAACUCAGCACACAAGACACUCUUAUUCUCCUUGUGAUGUAGUUUUUUUAAAACAUCAAAUGAAGCGGUGCACUGCUACAGUGUAAAAAGAUAUACUAAGGAAGCAGUGUAAGGUAAUAUAAGGAAAUAUUUAUUAUAGGUUAAUGAGACAUUAGAUUAUUUGUUAAGUUAUACAGAUAUGUAUUAAAUGUAGUAUAUGGUACACAGAAUAACAGGUUGUAAAACAUUUUCCAGACCCAGUCUGAUAUUUCAGCGCAGAAGCAAUAACCCGACAUGUUAAACAGCGAUAACUGAAAAAAGGAAAAGAUUUUUGUUAAACUAACAUUGUGAUUCAUUGCAAAUAUUUAGAUGCUUUAUCAAUUCAAUAAAUUGAAUUGCAGUUAA